AUGUUAUUUCGAAUCGUUCAAAAUUCUUUCAUUUCAAUUAUUCGUCGAUCAAGUAAUUUUGUUCGAAUAUUUGAAGUUGGUCCUCGUGAUGGUUUACAAAAUGAAAAAACUCAAGUAUCAACAUCAACUAAAAUUGAAUUCAUUAAUCGUUUAAGUCAAACAGGUCUUAAAUAUAUUGAAGUAACUAGUUUUGUUUCUCCAAAAUGGAUACCACAAAUGAAUGAUCAUGUUGAAGUACUUGCUGGUAUUGAUCGAUUACCUGAUAUUUGUUAUUCAGUUUUAACACCAAAUAUUCAAGGUUUAAACAAAGUUCUUUCAUUGGGAAAAAAAGCUGCUAAUGAAGUUGCAAUAUUUUCUGCUGCAUCAGAAAUAUUUUCAAAGAAAAAUAUUAAUUGUUCAAUUGAAGAAUCAUUUCAACGUUUUAAUCAAGUUGUAAAAAUUGCACAUGAACAGAAUUUACCUGUACGUGGUUCAAUAUCAUGUACUGUUGGUUGUCCUUAUGAAGGAAAAAUUAAACCAUCACAAGUUGUACCUCUUGUUGAAAAACUACUUGAUAUGGGUUGUUAUGAAGUUGCACUUGCUGAUACAAUUGGUGUUGGUACACCGAAAUCUAUUCAUGAAUUGCUUAAAGCAAUUUAUGCAAAUGGUAUUUCAUCGAAUAAAUUAGCUAUUCAUUGUCAUGAUACAUAUGGACAAGCUAUUGCUAAUAUUGCACAAGCAUUAGAAAUGGGUAUACGUUGUAUUGAUUCAAGUGUUGCUGGUCUUGGUGGAUGUCCAUAUGCUAAAGGUGCAACAGGAAAUGUAGCAACUGAAGAUGUUCUUUAUUUAUUACAUGGACUUGGUUAUGAGACAGGUAUUGAUCUUAAUCGAUUGAUUGAUGUAAGUCAAUUUAUAACGAAUAUAUUAAAACGUGAUAAUAUGUCGAAAGUAACAUGUGCUGUUCUGUCUAAAAGACAAAAUUGA